AUGGAUGCUUUCGUGAAGCGGCUAUCAGGUGCAGACGCUGAAGCUCGAGAUGCCCGGCGCUCACUUGGUGAUGCAUCGCCAGUCGCUUCAAGGCCGUCUAAGCGGCUAAAGAGGGACAACGGCACCGAUUCAGAGUCGGAAGAGCCAAAUGAGCUUCCUGUGGAAUAUGGGCAGCAAGUCAUUGCUGCUUCAGAGGCGCUUUCAGAUGAAACGGACCAGCGCCGGAGCAAGGAGCGAGUCACCGAGUUUGAGAAUGCCCUGCCGCCCACCGAGACCAAUGAAGAAGCAAUUACAGAGUACGAGGCUCUCAGGUCUUCCCAAAACAACGCUGGAGAAGAGAGAUCGGAUGUCAAUACUGCUCCUUUAUGGAUCAAGGGAAGAAGCUCGAUAUAUGUCGACGCAUUCAACCUCGCACUAGAUACAGUCUUGGAAGAAGAAUCGUCCCUGUUCAGUAGCAAAGAGAGCGAGAUUUUCCAGCAAUGGAGAAGCCUGAACUACGAGGCGCAGUAUUUAUACGUUCGGCUGUUUCUCCGGAAAACUGCGGCGUGGCAUCGGUCCUCUCGCUUGGGGUAUUUCAACGACAUCUCAGACCAUGACAGCGCCAUCGCUACGCUCCAGAAGUCUCGAACCCUACCUCCAGAGCAUGAAGAAGAGUCGCCCGUAGAAAACAAGCUGCCAUGUGCUGAGCUAGAAGACCCUGGGGAUAUCAAUACAUUUUCAUUUGCUGAUGCCUCCGAAGAUUAUCUCGAUACAGUCGAGGAGGCCGCGUCGCUACUGCACCUGGAUGAGCUCAAGGUUUUAGCUAAAGAAGCCAAGAUCCAAGGAAAGACCAAGAUGGAUAUGGUCAAAGCCUUGUGCCGGAUGAGCCAGCAGCAGGCUGGGCUGCUGUCUUUGGGCAUCAGUAGGCAAAACAGCAGAGAUUCGAAUACCUCUGAGGGAACAGACCAUCCUGGUCCAACGGUGCGCAAAGUAAAAAGGGAGAAUUCCAAUCGGGAACAGCACUUCCUGGCCAAAAUCCUUGCCAUUGUCGGUCCAUGUAUUCGAAUAUCGCCUGCUACUUUCACACUAUUCGAGAGGGUACAUCUGGUCUUUUACAGAUCUACAGAAUGGACGGAGAAAUCACUGACGACUAUCAUUCUGGCUAAGAUUGCGAGGCGGAAUUUUCCCGAGUACCUUGUGUGCCGUUCUUCCACAAUAUUUGCAUCUCGAUCUCACUUAUUGGAAUUUGAGGCGGCCAUUCGUAUGGAAGCGGAAGUUGAUAGUGUGCUUGAAUUCAGUGGACCACUAGAUGAAAAAGGGUCACAGAAAAUACUCGACAUCUUUGAAAGGGUACACCCCCGCUGGAGGGUGUUGGUUGAAGAAGAAACUGUGAAAGAGCGUCAAGUCUACGAAAUGGGAGAGGGUGCCUAUCUCAGGAGAUUCAAUCCUGCCCACUCAUAUACACGAAUCAUCGUGAAAGCUGCCUUGGUCUUUGGCAAACUAAAGAGAUACGCCAGGGAGCAUGAACUGUUGACUGAGCUUUUAGAACAGCGACUUUUUCACCUCGCUCGAAGGGGCUCCUGGUAUCAACGCAAGGCUCUCCUAGAAGAGCAUUACAUGCCCAGCCUUGACCCGGAGCUCACCCCCCAUGCGUUGGAGCAGCAGAAGAAGCGGUGGAGGGCCAUAGCAGUCUCGACUUGCGAGGCGGGCCUUCAAGACCCCGAUUGCCAUCUCAUACACCACUACGACUUACAAAAACGAUUGGUCAAAUUAGAGAAGAAGCUUCGUAUCCCCAAGCGUCUUCAGCAUGAUUUUGGACAUGUACGGCUUGCCGAUCCCUUGGAGCUAUCGGUUGAAGGAAUCCAAUUGAAGAAAAACCCGCCGCCGAAGCCGGGAGGCCAAGCUCCAAGCACGAGAACCAUGUGGUUGGACGAUUCAGACUCUGGCGGUGUGUGUACCGUGGAAGAGAUGUGCUUGAAUCACUUCCGGUCACAGGGGUGGAAGGGUUACCAUGCUGAGGGAGGCAUUAUUCGCACCCUGUUUGCUUACUUGUUCUACGACAUCCUGUUUCUCUACAUCCCCAACGUAUUCCAGACGGCCUUUCAAACUUGUCCGCUGGACUUGCACACCGACGCCUUCUUCCCUGCUCGGACCUCGGAGAUCAACCAUCGACUGGUCGAGAUUGCCAACGGGGAGGGUGAAAGGUUGCUUCGUGGGGUUUGGGAAAGGGAGCAUGAGCGACGAACCAGUGUGAUAGGUCUCAAUUGGGAUUUCCCGGUGGAGGACUUGACAGAACUAGUACGCUGCUUCCAAGGUAGCGCUUUAGCCGCUUUAUGCAAGGUGAUGGCUCAGGAGUAUAGACAGAGAGGUGGAGGCAUCCCGGACCUGGUUCUCUGGCGGAUGGCCCAAAAUGAAGAAGCAGACGGCACAGACAAGGAACCAGGAAAGGCAAGAGGAGAGGCCAUGUUUGUUGAGGUCAAGAGUGCAAACGACAGGCUGAGCGACACGCAGCGGCUAUGGAUCCACGUCCUCACUGGCGCUGGGGUCAAAGUCGCUCUUUGCAAUGCCGUCGCAAAGGAAAUCAGAGAAAUUGACUAG